AUGUCCCUCAAACACACAGUUCCCCUAUCAUCAACAUCGUCACCACCACUUUUCUUCACAACCCUCCAGCUCCUCACUCUUAUCUUGAUCCUGUCCAUCGUCGGCAAAAGGAUCACAACCCUCCUCCUCGCCUCCGUAUUCACCUUUUGGUUCAAGACCAGACUCACCCUCUACCAGGAGUAUGUCGAGGAGCGGCGGUCAACUCGGCGGGAACGAGAGCGCCAGCUCCGGAGACAGGAGGUGAGGACUAUCUCGGCGGCGAUUGUGGAGCAGUUACUGAGAAGUGACACUGGUGUUUCGGCCGUGGGUAAGGAGGAGGUUGGGAGUGAAAUGGCGAAGAUGGUUAAUGGCGUGAAGGAUGAGGUUAAGGUUAAUGGGAUUAUGCAUGAGGUUGGUGAGGGCGAGGUUGAGGGUGAGAGUGAGGUGGCUUUUGGAGAGAUUGAUGGGGGUGUGGUUGUUGGGGUGGAGGUUUGUGAGGAUCUGGUUCACGAACAGGGGGACGAGGAGUCUGUGAAAGUUGGAGAGGUGGAGGAGUUGGAGGGGGAGAAGGAGGUUCUAGGAGAGUGGUGGGAUGAGGAGGUUGAGGAGGAGGUCGGGGUGGCUGACUUUCAUGAGGAUCCUGUUGAGCAAGAUGCGUUCGAGGAGAAGCUGGAGGCUGAUGUCGUUGAGGAGAAGGUAGAGGUGACUUCCGCACAAUGGAUUGAUGAUAUCACUGAGCACCAAGAGGAGAAGCAGGGGAUUCAGGAUCAGAAGGCGCAGGAGAUUGCAGAAGUGCCCCAGGCCAAGCAGGAUGACGCCCGUGAGGAAGAACAGAAGACGGAAAGCAACACACGGGAAGAAGAAAAGCAAGUCACCGAGGCAUGGGAGGAGGUGGAGGACGAGAAGCGAGAAAAACAGGAGAAUCCUGCUGAGGAGAAGAGCGCCGUCCAAGAAGACACACCCAAAGUUGCUGAAAGCCUUCAGCAGCCCGAGCUCGAGAAGGAGGUCGAAAAGCGUGAGCCAAAACCAGUCGAGUCAAAACCCGGCGGGCUAUCUCAAUCACGCUGGAGCAGCUCCAAAAAAGUACUUGAUCCACGAGCGACUACCUUCCAGCCAACGGAAUUUAAGACCAGUGCGAAAAGCCAUUAUCAGUAUUCCGUCCCGACAACAACUCGUCCUCAAUCCUCCACGCCGCUUGCAUACAGCUCCAUUGGGAUUUUGUCAUCGUCAAGUACUAGCUCUCCCUUGUCUGCUUACUCCCAGCCGAGCAUCUUUAGCUCCAUGGGGAGAAGUACGCAGAGCUCAACCCCAUCUUAUGAUGAUUACGCCCAGAGCCCUUCCUAUGGGUAUACCUAUGCCACUACUUCCUCUUAUGGGAAUUCACCCUCCUAUACCAAUUCAUCGACCUAUGCGAAUACGUCUUCUUACGCGAAUACUUCCUCGUAUGGGAAUACUUCAGCUUAUGGAAAUUCGUCUUACAGUUGUUACACUCCGAGUCCUUACUACAGCAGCUAUAACUAUGCAUCCGCGAGUUGA